GCCAGGCCAGGGAAUUAAACAGUAUUUAGUGAUCGUGUGCUGUCCUUCUUGCAAGUCCCUGGAGGUAGUGUUUGUCAUGGAUCAUAGGAGGUGUCUCCACCCAGGGGCACUGAGCCCAGCUGGCCAGUUCAGCUUUUCUCUGCAUCUUCCUACUGUUGGUCUUACAAAGAUGACUGACCCUGGGCCCUUCCUACUUCCCAGAUUCCCCAAGACAGGACCUGUAGCUGGCAAGUCAAAAGGGAGCUGCCUUGACCAGACUUGGGCCAGCACUCCUUUCCACUGACUCUGUCCUCACGGGCUCCAAGGUGGAGGGGAUUGAAGCAACCGAUCUCCUACAUUCCCUCUUUAGCCUCAUGCAGGUCAUCCCAUCUAUACUUCAAAGAUCUUUCCUUUGCAUUUAGGCCCAUCAUGUGCUUUUACCCUCAUCUAUCCUCUGUCAAGGGACUGAGCAGCCUCUAUGGUCUUUUUGCUGAAAAGGAAUGACUUUGAAACGGGUAUGGAGCAAGGCACUGUGAGUUACAUUCUGUGUGGAGCUGAUGAGUUUGAUCCUGCUCUUUAGGUCUCAAUGGGGAGUCCAGUGGUCUCAUCAGCUCCACAACAGGCUCAGAGCCAAGCCAAGACGAGCUCUGGACAGGUGGCUGGCAGUAUUGGGCAUUGGCUCUGUGCCUAGCCCCCGCCCAAGGCUAGGAACCAGCUGUGGGACAGAAAUUGUUGUGCUUGGGCAGGAGAGUUAAUACUUUUGUAGGUGAGGCAGGGACAAACGCCGGGUCACCUAGACUCCGAAGCCGCACAGGGAUCUGGGUCCCCUUGUGUUCUCAAGCUGCCCCCAUGCGGGCCUCUUUUUUCUCGCGGCGUCCGCCGCAACUGUCUCUACUGUUGCUGCUGUCGUUGAGGCGAGUCUGGACCCAGGAGCACGUAGGAACUGCCCCUUCCAGAUCCCCGGGGGCUCCCGAGUGCCCGGAGGCAUGUUCAUGUUCGCUAGGUGGCAAGGCCAAUUGCUCCGCACUCGAGCUGCCCGCGGUACCAGCGGGCCUGAGUUGGAGAGUAUGUUCGCUACUGCUGGAUCACAAUCGUGUGAGCGCACUGCCUCCAGGUGCCUUCGCUGGGGCAGGCUCGCUGCUAUACCUAGACCUGCGGGAGAACCAGCUCCGGUCCGUGCACGCUCGAGCUUUCUGGGGUCUGGGCGUGUUGCAACGGCUGGAUCUGAGCGCCAACCAGCUGGAAACUCUGUCUCCUGGCACCUUCGCGCCGCUGCGGGCGCUGCGUUUCCUUUCCCUAGCGGGUAAUCGGUUGACACUCCUGGAGCCUUCGAUCCUGGGCGCGCUCCCAUUACUGCGCGUGCUCAGCCUGCAGGACAAUUCACUGUCGGCGCUUGAGGCGGGUUUGCUGAAUAGCCUGCCCGCGCUCGACGUGUUGCGCUUGCGUGGCAACCCCUGGGCGUGCAGUUGCGCCCUGCGCCCGCUUUGCACCUGGCUGCGCAAGCACCCGCGUCCCGCUUCAGAAACUGAGACCCUGCUCUGCGUGUCUCCAAGACGCCAGACGCUCAGCCUACUGACAGCCUUUCCGGAUGCGGCCUUCAGACACUGCGCUCAGCCACUCGCAGCGCGAGACCUGGCGGUAGUAUACGCUCUCGGGCCGGUCUCUUUCCUUGCCAGUCUGGCCAUCUGCCUGGCACUGGGCUCCGUGCUCACUGCCUGUGGUGCACGGCGGCGGCGCCGUCGCAUCACAGUGCGCCCCUUACUAAGGAGACAGCUAGACCCGGAGGGCCCAGCCUCCCAGGAGGGUGCUGGGAGCCCUACAGCUGCAGCAACCCAAGCCUAA